UUGUAAAUAAAACGAAAAUUCUUCAAAUAUAUUUUUAUAUUAAUGUACGAUACCCGCGUAUAAACACAUUUAAAAUGGCGCCUAAUAAGUUUAUGUACACUCCUCUUCCGGAAGAAAGGGAAGCUAGCGAUAAUAUGCAACCACAGUUUAUUGACAUGCUAAAAUGGGCAGAACAUUCUGUUGAGCAGUUCGGCACAGAGGAUGUGAAGUUUGAAGAUAGCGAGGAUUGGGCAGUGAUAUUGGCCACUUUUGAGAUCACUUGGGUUAUGCUAAUCAUCACGAUAGCAGUGACAUUGAUAGGGUUAAUUUAUCUGUUACUUCGCUGCCAAGGAUAUCUAAACCCAACCAAAGAUUAUACUGAGAAAAUUUAUCAAAAAUGUAUACGUUGGCUUCUAAUACUACUAAUGCUGAUUCUAUUAGCGGCAAUUCUAUAUUUUCUAAUCUCGUCUAUAACGAGCAGUCUUGCCUUGAAUCCUAUACAAGAUGAGAAAAAAAAGAAGCUGCAUGUUACAGAUCGAAGACUAGAUCACGUUUUAGUUUUCAACUAUCAAGAGUUCAAAAAUAAGACUUAUCGCAGUGCGAAUGAUUUGAUUGAUAACUCGCUUCGAGCGUCGAAUGUGAAUGAUGUGCCAGAAACUGCAUGCCCACCUGCCAAUGAUAUCGAGGGUGUAAAAGAGAGAAUCCAGAAUAUAAAUAAAGAAUUCGAGUUGCUGUGCAUAGAAGUAUUGAUAUGGACUGACUAUAUGCGAUUUUUUCAUCGUAAUAUGUCUACAAACCUGUUACAAAUGGAUUUGGGUUCGACGCUAUUAGUGGAUUUGGAUUUUAGUAAUUUUAUAGAGCGGUCGCUGCAAGUGGAUGCGCUAUUGAAUUUCCAUAGCACCUUCAGUUUUGUGGAACGAUUUUUCAAUUCAUAUUCGUUACUCUACAAUACCACAACGCAACUGCCGGAUGCAAUGCAAAAUAGAAUAAGAAAUGUACUGUCCCCGUAUUUUCUAGAGGUAGAAAAUGAUUUAAAAGAAAAAGGUCAAACAUUUCGAUCACUUUCAACGAAACUUGGGCAGGACCGAGCUGAAGACAGAUCAGAACAGAGCAAAGGAAAUUGGAGGUCAAAGAAACCACUAUGGGUUUAUGUCUGGGAAUGGAUAUGCUAUCUAAUAGUUAUAUUGAUUGCCCUUAUAUUAUUAGUUGCAUCCUUACUGAGAUGCUUCGGUAAGCGCUAUAGAAAUGAAGCCGAAUGCUGCAAUCAAGAAAAUGGUUCCAUACUUUUUCAAUUGGCGGCAUUUCUAAUAUGCAUAUUUUUUCUCAUCGCCCUUUUACCAUUUCUGUGGAACUUCGUCCAUGGUGUUGGCCUUUACAAUGGUGUUUGUUGGAAACUUGGAACAAAUCGACAAAAGCGAGCAAUUGAGGUUGACGCCACACAUAGCGACACCAAUUGUCUAAAUGAAUAUUCCAUCCAAAAGUUUGUGGAAUCUGUAAGCAUCAAACCAAAUUUCACCCAACUGAUAGCAGAAGAUUUGAAACUGAUUGAAAAGGAGCCUGAAUUGCGUAAAUAUUCAAAUGAUUUUAAACAAAAGGCAAAAGAUGCGAAGAAUAUUAAUCUAACAAAUGUGUGUGAUGAUAUCAAAAUUGAUAUGGAUCCAGCAUAUUUCAGUAAAGUUUAUAAUAAAAUGUUCGAAUAUGUAAAUGGCCCCAUAGAAAAUAAGCAAACCAAAAAACUGGGGCUGUGCAAUUUAAAUACUUUUAAGAAAUAUAUAAUUGAUCAAAUUGGAACUAAUACAAUGUAUAAAAGUGCCGAUCAAAUAGCUGAGGAAUGCAAAAAAGUUGUGGAUUUCUUUAGUGAAAGUUACACACAAAUUACAACAAAAUGCAUAGAUAGUAUCGAAAAAAUGGGAAAUUAUUAUUCAAGAGAUAAUAAGCAUAAUUUGAGUGCAAUUGUUGAUAGCUUGAAUGAAAUGUAUGCUGAUGAGCUUAAUGGUUAUGUGGAUAUGGUGGAGGAUGCACUAGCCAAUAAAGUUGGUCUGUGCCGCCGCCUCGCGGAUACGACAGAUGAUGAAAUGGAAUGCCAUGGAUAUGCACAUAUACUAAAUACUAUAUGGAGCGCUUUAAUGAUUUUACUCUGGCUUCUACUGCCUCUAAUCCCAAUAGCACUUUAUUUAGCUAGAUUAUAUGGUACGAACUGGCCGCUAAAAAAAUGUAGUUGCGUAAACAGAAAGUCAAGAGAGCAAGAACAAUCCAAUUGGAAAGGAGAUAGAACAAAUCAGGGUGCAAAUACAUCUCGAAAUUUGAUGUCAGCACAACAACAAAUAUUAAAAAAUCAAUAUCGCAAUUAUAGAGUAGAAAAUCGUGCACAGAAUGGCCAGCCCAUGUACCGAAGGGGAAGAAUUAAUAAAAAAGUAGCGUGCAGCGAAGUACAGCAAUCUGAAAAUGUGUCAAGAGACUGCUAUGAAAAGUGUUCAGCUCUAGAAGAUAGAAGCAAUAGUGUUCAUCAUAACGUAGUGGUACAUGAGACAUGCAUACGGUUGUAUAAAGAAGAAAUACGAGAUGCACACAAACCUUCAACUUCAGAAAGUGUUUGCCACGCAAGAAAGGAAUCAACAUGCAAAUCGACGCCGCCGAAAAUAAAAACUGAAAAAUGUUUCAAUGAGGUAGAAGAUGCGCUAAUAUCUUCAACUCCACAAGAUGAAUGCCCUCACACUAAAAUGGAAUCAUCAUACAAGUCCACGCCUUCGGAAAAUGUAACUAAAAAAUUUAUCAACAAGAUAGAAGUUACAUAUAGGCCUUCAACUUCGAAAAGUAUAUGCGACACUAGAAAGGACUUAACAAGCAAGUCGAUGCCUCCGAAAAAGAUAACUAAAAAAUGUUUCAGUCAAGUAGCAAGUGGGUUAAGAAGCAUACCGGAGAAGGCUAGAACCCCAGUGUGCAGUGAGGAGCACUCAACAUAUAUGGGAAAGGAAUCAAUGGAAACUGCAGCACACACAAGGAACUCUAAUGCCAGUAAUAUUAAAAUACUCGAAAAGGCGAAUACCCCUGAAGAUAUGCAUAGGGAGCCAAGUAGUUCUGAAGAGAAAUGCCCUGGACGAUAUAGUAACGGCGAAGAGAUUAUACCAAGUACUUAUGAACCCUCAACUUCUACAAAGCAAACGACAAAUAAAUUGCAGAUAAAGAUACCAGAACAAGUGCAAGACCCGAAGGAAUUUGCGAAGAAGCGACGAGAGUGCAGAGAAAAAGUAAUCAAGGCCACUGCUUCUCUACAUAUAAUACAAUUUAGUAAAAAAUGAUUGUUGUAAAGACGGCAAAUAAUGUUAAGAAAUUUAAUAAAUCAUUUUAUAUUUA